UGUAAUGUAAGCCUCGAAGAGAUUUCUGUCAUGCCUGUAUAUUAAUGCGAAUCCAUAUUUCGGGACAUCUGUUGGAAUCGGUUGCAUUCUUGAAUUGAAAAGGACAGCCAACAUAGUUACAGGCAAGCUUAGAGGAAGCGAACCCUUUACGUGAUUUUGUGUCAUUAUCUGGUAGUUAUUAUACCCAUGAUGAAGUUGAAGAGUAGAAAUGAUGCAUGCAUGGUUGUCGUUGCGCAGUUUUGGAUAUUGAGAAAUUGAGAGACAGUUUGCAUAUACAGAGGCGGCUUGACUCAUGAAUGCAUACGGGGUUGGUCAACGUGACAUGUGAACUUCCAAGUAACAGAAAUGAUCUCCACAUUGUAGCGUGAUAAUGGCAUCUAUCGGUAUGGUGGGGAGGCUCAUCUGGAUUUCUAUUCUUAUUGUUAUAGAGACAUCUCUCCGAGCUGCUUCACAGACUGUCUCCAUUUCGGAUAUCACCCACAGUUCUGCCCUUCUUUCGUGGGACAUCGCCGUUGAGGGCGCCACACUCCGGGCAUUCCGGAUCAGCGUUGACUGUCGCAUCUGUGUCCCUUUUGAGGUCCCUGCAAACACUACCAGUACUCAACUGUCAGGACUCAAAGACAACACCCGCUUCCAAGCCUGCGUCACACCUUACACAGCCGCUAUUGAAUUAGGCUCAGAGUGUGUUUCAUUCAGAACCAGUUUAUCUCCUGAAACAGUUGGGGCAUUGUCUGUUGGUAUUUUCCUCGUUGUGUCUUUCUUCGUGUUGGUCGCGAUGGAUUUGUUAUGCCGUAGACACCAAAUUGAAGUGGAGGAUGCAAAGCGAGAUGAACUCCUUGAACAAGGAUGGCAGACCUUCAAGAGAAGUAGUACGGGGAGAGUCGCGAAGAAAGUGUCAAGGGCAUCAGCUGCUCCCUUGGAACCGGCUCGAUCGGAGGACGAUGCCUUUGAUAAUAUUGGUGAUGUCACUUUUGAAGAGGAUUUACCUGAAUGAACCGGUACAAUCUUAAAAACAGGAUUUCCCAAAUGCUGAAAAGAGACGAUAUGUAAUAUGAAGAAAAAGCUAAAGACUCGGUGUGCACCGUGGUCCUGAUUUUGUAAAGCUGCAACGUAAGUUGAUUACUGAUAGAAAUAUUUAUCAAUGUGCUAACGUGUACCAAUGAAUGGCUCUUUGUAUUCUAUAUACUUUUUGGAUGUGCCUAUCUUCGAAGGUGUUUGGGUUUACAAUGGGGUUAUCAUGAUUCCAAAGGGCAUUAGGACAUUCCUUCACCACUCUGUAGUUUCACUCGGCAGUCAGGUAACUAAUAUCCUGUGGAAGUAUCCUUUCGAAGUCUAACUGCUACCACAUGCAUGACACCAGAAAUGACACGAAAGUUUGAUCCCACGCAUGACUUCUCAGACACGAGCCAAUUCAAAUGUUCUUUCUAAUGUUUCAAUCCUUCUUGCAAAUUCGGCCACAUUCUGGAGGUAGUCUUGAAGUUACCACUAAGCAAUCAAUGGAAACUUUUAAAACACAGAGAAAAAAUGGUAUGAAGAUUGAUGAGAACACGACACUGUAACGGAAGAUACGAUCAAAAUAAACGAUUGAUUGUUAAUCUUAGUCUAUGGAAAACCAUAUUAAAAAAUUAGUUGAUUGUAAAUCUGAAGUCUUUAUUUGUCUUUAUUUCAAAAGACCCAUGAAUCGCCUGAAAGAUUACGAUGGAACUUUAUGUUCUUUCAGAGAUAUUGAGUGACAUGGCCUUUAAUAAUUUUCUAUUUUUUCCGAGUUCUUGACCAGUCUCAUCAAGACAUUAGAUGACGAUUUUAUUUACAGUUAGGUAUUUACAGUAAGGUGAUCUCUCUCUCUUAGUAAUUUAUCAUUUUUUGAAGCCGACUUCAGUGGCAAACUUUGCCGUCCAAUAAUGGUUAACUGCAUGUACCACAGUAACAAUGGAUAGCAGUCAAUCACAAUCAAGGAUUCCAUGCAAUUUACCAUCGGAUGGUAAAGUAAGUUUUGUGCAUGAGGGUUCAAGUCGUAAAGAAUGUCGAGAUAUCUUGCCAAUCUUGAUCUCUCUUUGGUCUGAAUGGGAUUUGCUUUGUGGGGAAGAAUACAGUGAAAGCUCUUAGUGAAGCGGAGGGCCUGGUUAAGUUGUGUCAAAGAAAAAUUAGAAUAACUUUUUCGUAUUCAAUUAAAUUUACAUGUAUUUCAAUUAUUUUACUUUUUAAAUA